AGGAUUGUUUUCCCUGGUGCCGACGAAGAAUUUUAAGCGCUGGGUUUUGCAAAAUUUCCUUUCUACUGCGUUUGCGAUUGCUACAGUUUGCCGAUGUUAAGAGAUUGAACAAUAUUGUUAUGAUCGUUAUCGCUCGCAGAAAAUCAAACUUUGCAGUUUCUCUGUGUUCCCAAAUUAGGAUAAAAUUCCCACAUUUUCCGUUGCUUUUCCCCAAGUUUAUUUUCUCAUUUUUCAGUUCCGAUAGUGAAGUCACCACUGAUGCGAGACCCAAUGGCCGCGAUUUUGCGAAGGAAAAAAGACUUCUGUCUCUUUUCAAGCAAUGCUCCACCGUGAAAGAUUUGAAUCAAAUUCAUGCCCGUAUUGUCCAGACGGGUUUCGAUCAGAAUCUCUUCGUUAUUGCCAAACUCAUUGAGUUUUGUGCGGUUUCGGACCAUGGCGAUAUGAAUUACGCUGUUCUUGCCUUCAACCGAAUCGAGAACCCAGAUGGGUUUCUUUGGAAUACAAUGAUCAGGGGAUUUGGAAGAAUUAGUAAGCUGCAAGAGGCCUUCGAGUUUUACAAGAGAAUGCUAGAGAAGGGAAUAUCGGCAGAUAAUUUCACAUUUUCUUUCUUACUUAAGAUUUCUGGGCAAAUGGGUUCACUGAUCCUGGGAAAGCAGUUACAUGUUAAUAUUCUGAAACUUGGCCUUGAAUCCCAUGUGUAUGUGAGGAACACGCUUAUCCACAUGUAUGGCAUGUUGAAAGACAUUAAGACUGCACGCAACCUGUUUGUUGAAAUGCCCAAACCAGAUUUAGUGGCUUGGAACACAGUAAUUGACUGCCAUGUCUCUUGUGGGAUGUACGAGGAAGCACUUGGCUUGUUUUUUCGAAUGUUUCAGAGUGGCAUAGAGCCUGACGAAGCCACACUAGUAGUCACCGUCUCGGCAUGCUCUGCAUUGGGCGCCCUAGACUCUGGAAGGUGGGUUCAUUCCCAUGUGAAGCAUAAUGACAGAGGAAAGACUGUAGCUGUUUUCAAUUCAUUGAUUGACAUGUACGCCAAGUGCGGAGCGGUUGAAGACGCUCUCGAUAUUUUUAACACAAUGGGUAGCAAGAAUAGGGUAACAUGGAACACAAUGAUCAUGGCAUUAGCUACACAUGGUGAUGCAGAGGAUGCACUGACACUAUUCUCCAAAAUGUUAACAGAGAAGCUUGAGAACCCAGAUGAUGUAACUUUCUUGGGAGUGUUGUGUGCUUGCAACCAUGGAGGAGAGGUGGAGGAAGGGAGGAGGUAUUUUGAUCUUAUGACCAAACACUUCAAUGUCCAACCGACUCUAAAGCACUAUGGAUCCAUGGUGGAUAUGUUGGGAAGGGCUGGGUUUGUGGAAGAGGCAUAUCAGCUGAUAAGGAGCAUGCCAAUGGAGUGUAAUGCUGUAAUAUGGAGAACAUUACUCGCUGCUUGUCGGUUGCAUGGAAACGUUAAACUCGGCGAGAGAGUAAGGAGCCAUGUCCUGGAAAUAGAGCCAGAUCAUAGUAGUGAUUAUGUCCUUCUUGCAAAUAUGUAUGCGACCUCUGGUCAAUGGAAUGAAAUGAUGAAGAUCAGAAAAUCGAUGCAACGAAAAGGUGUGCAGAAGCCAGAGCCUGGCAACAGUUAUUUGGAAAUCAAUCCCCACCGCAAGUUGGAGAUGGAAACUGUUGAGAAUUGUAAUGAGUUUUCAAUGUGCUCUCAUUCGAAGUUCUCGUCAACACGUAAGUCGAACGUAUCUUCUUGAUUCUUUUAAUGUACUUUGUUAUGCACCAUAGUAAAUCAAGGUUGAAGAGUAGAACAUGAACAACAGCAUCAUAGAAAGAUGUAUUAUUCUGUUCACAAACUGAAGUAGUUUGUUUUCACACUAUUCCUACAAAGGAAGAUUCUAAAAUGUUGUAUUAUUUUGUUCACAACCUGAAGUAUUUUGUUUCCACACUAUUCUUACAAAGACGAAGUCUAGACAAUUCAACCUAUGACAGCUUUUCCUUCUUUUCUUUCCA